CUUCCUCCUCCUCUUCCUCCUCCUGCUGUAACCAUGCCGCUGGAUCACCGCCGCCUGCAGGGCCCCGACGAGUCCCAGCCGCCGGCGCUGUGGGCGGCCGAGGAGGACGAGGAGGGGGCCGGGGAAGGAGGAGAAGGAGAAGCAGAAGGGUCGGGGCCGCGGGACCCUUGCGCCCUGCGCCCUCUUUUCGCCCGCGCCGGGCUGCUGAGCCAAGCCGAGGGCUCGGCCUACGUGGAGCUGAGCGGCGGCACCAAGGUGCUGUGCGCCGCUUGGGGACCCAGGGAGGCGGCCAGCCGGGUGGGGGGAACGACAGGAGGAGGAGGAGGAGGAGGAGGAGGGGGAAGGCUGGUGUGCGAGUUCCGCCGAGCCCCUUUCAGCAGCCGGGGAGCCAGGCCGAGACCCGGGGGUGCUGCGGAACGGGAGGCGGAACGGGAGGCGGCGGCGGCGCUGCGGGAGGCGCUGGAGCCGGCGGUGCGCCUGGCUCGGUACCCACGGGCACGCCUGACUGUCAGCGCCCUGCUGCUGCAGGACGGAGGCUCCGCGCUGGCUGCUGCCAUCAGCGCCGCUUCCCUGGCCUUGGCAGAUGCCGGGGUGGAGAUGUACGACCUGGCCGUGGGCUGCGCGCUCUGCCGGGACCCCGGGCACCCCUCCGGAGCUUGGCUGCUGCAGCCCGGUGAGGCCGAGGAGCGCAGAGCCGCUGCCCGCUUGACGCUGGCGCUGCUGCCCGCGCUCAACCAGGUGUCGGCGGUGCUCGGCGGAGGCCGCGGAGGGGAUCCCGAGAGCUGGGGGGAGGCGUUGAGGCUCGGUCUGGAUGGAUGCCACCGGCUGUACCCUGUGCUGAGGCAGAGCUUGCUGCGGGCGGUGAAGCGCAGGGAUAUGGCGCACAGUGCCUGAGGGAGCCCUCGGUGGAGGGUCCCCAAGCCACCCUGAGUCACCCCACGAAUCUCCGGAGAUGCCCGGAGCCCCCCCUGGUGCCUGCGGAGAGCCCCGGGACCUGCCCACGCUGCCACCCACGCCACCGGAGACCCGUGGAGCCACCCUUUGUGCUGCCAGAGACCCCCGGAGCAGCUCUCGGCACUGCUGGAGACCCCUGGAGCCACCCCUCACACCACCAGAGACGCCCCGGUGCUGCUGGACAAUUCUAGGGGCUCCCUGAGCCAUCCUUGGUGCCACCCGAGACUCCCCAAGCCACCCCGUGGGACGCUGGAGUCCCCCCAGGCAGCUGAGCCCCACCACCACAAGCCUUGGCACCACAAACUCCCCACUGCGACGUCCCCACCACAACUGCUGUGUCCCAUCACAGACUUUGGACCUCCGUGACUCCUGCCUGUUGUGCUCCAGGGUGGCAGAGACAUUGUGUUUUGGUUUCUGUUGUUUUUUACAAUAAAUUAGGCUUUCCUGGUGA